AUGAUGGGAUACGGGGGUCAACCCUUUCACCCUUCCCAGCAGCAACAGCAACAGGCGCAGCAAACUCACCCUUCAAACCAAGCCCAGCAUCCCCUGGCCCCUCAACGUCAGCAUAUCCCAUCACCGUCGCUUGGCGCCGCGCCGAACCUCCCGCAACAUGGAAGUCCUUUCCCAAGCAACAAGCCGAUUUUCCGGGCACAGCCGCAACAGAAUUUUGCGGCGACACAAUCCCCGGACAUGCGUAAAAUGGCUCCGACUUCGACAGGACCUUUAGCGGGGUAUCCCACCACCACAAGUUUUGCGGCACAAUUCCCUGCCCACUUUGCGCCACAAGGCUCACCGGAUCUAAUGUCGCGGAAUCCCGAUCCUAUGGCUUUGCAGAAUAUUCAGAGGGGGGGCUACAAUCCGAUUGCGCACCUGCGACCGCAGCCAGGAAUGAGUCCGGGAAUGAGUCCUGGGAUGAGCCCUCCGACUGCCAUGACACAUCAGCACGCUGCGGGAGUAUCGUCACCACAACAGUCUUUGAAUAGGCUGCCUCAUUCGGGUGUACACCAACGGGAAAGCUACCCAUCGGCUAGCCCAUCCAUGGCGAGUCCCUCCAUGUUUGCCAUCAACCAGCAGAGACAGCCUCAGUCUCAGCCACAAUCCCCCCAACAGACACAUCAGCAGUUGCAGCAGAGGCAGCAACAAUACCAGCAGCAACAGCAACAUCAGGAACGAAUGCAACAACAACGGAUAGAGCAACAAAAACAGUUUCAGCAGCAGCAACAACAACAACAGCAGCAACAGCAGCAGCAACAGCAGCAGCAACAGCAGCAGCAACAGCAGCAGCAACAGCAACGAUUAGAGCAGCAACAGCAACAACAACAAAGGCUGGAGCAACAGAAGCAGCUAGAACAGCAAAAGCUAGAGCAGCAGAAACGCCUCGAACAGCAGCAGCAGCAACAACAACGUCUUGAACAGCAACGGCUAGAGCAACAACAGCAAAAACAGCGGCUGGAGCAGCAGCAACAGCAACAGCAGCAGCAGCGCCUAGAGCAGCAGCGAUUAGAGGCGCAAAAACAGCAUCAGCAACGCUUGGAGAAACAACGGUUGGAGCAACAGCAGAAGGAGCUUUUGGAACAGCAGAGGUUACAAAAGUUGCAACAGCAAACCCAAGUACAAAACCCUUAUCAGCAACAAGCCUCUCCCUUUGCGCAGCAUGCCCAGUCCCCGUUCCAUCAGUACCAGCCGCAAGGGUUCGUCCAACAACCUGUCCAAUUCAACCAGCAAAGUCAACCCCAAUUCACCUCUUCGCAACAAGCUCCCCAGUUCCAGCACUAUCAGCCACCGUCGCAACCCUCGGCAGAUGUCCCACGUCAAUCCGUGGUACCAUCUGGAACUUCGGCAACGGGGAACCAGGCUAUUAAGAUGGAAGACCAAAGCCCUGCUCCGAAAAAGAAGGCCGCCCCCAAGCCUCGAAACUCUCUGGUUGCUCAGCCUCAAUCCACUCAGGCUCAAAUGCAGCAGACCAUUUCCGCUUCUGUACCGACUGCCACUCCUGCUCAGCCCAACGGCCAAGUACAAUUAGCUGCCGGUGACCCGUCAACUCCAACGCCAAAACGUAAACGUGGACGUCCGCGCAAGGAAGAAGUGGCAGCUAGGGCUGCUGCUGCUGCCCAAGCCGCAGCAAAUGGACAACCCAUUCCGGGAGCAUCACAGCCCGGACAAGCAUCGUUCAAUCAUAAUAUGACGCCCGCGGCCGCUGGUUCAGCUGUGGGUUCAGCUUCCCAGCUUACUCCUAUCAUCGGUCCCGAUGGAACUCCAUUACCUCUAAAGCGCAAGCGUGGUCGCCCUCGCAAGGCGGACCAAAUUGCUUGGGCUGCUGCAACAGGACAGCCAUUACCACCACCGAAGCCAAGAAAACCUCCCCAGCCCAAGGCAAACAAGCCUAAACAACCUGGCACAGGUCGGCCUCGUGGAAGACCUCGCAAAGCAGAUGUUGCUGCGGCGGCGGCUGCGGCGGCGGCUGCAGCCGCUGCAGGCGGAAAUCCGACACAGGCUGAGAACAAGCCGAACGUGGGAGAUAAUGCAGACAUGAACCAGGCUCGUAAGCGUGCGGCACUCGUGGGAGAUGACGAUCCAAGCAAGCGCCUUUGUCCAACACCUCCAUACCACCAACAAGGCCAAAUGCAACAGCAGCAACAAAUACCCCAACAGAAUCACUCGCUUCCCCAGCCUGUUCAGUCUAUGACAGGGCAGUCCAUGUCUGGCCAAUCAAUGCAAGCACAAUCAAUGCAAGCACAAUCCAUGUCUGGUCAACCAAUGCAAGCACAAUCGAUGCAAGGACAAGCAAUGUCACAGGCUCACCACCUCCAGCAGCAGGCUCAGCACAUGACGACCCAGGCAGGUCAACACAUGCCCCAGCAACUCUCACACCAGCCUGGACAAACUAUGUCAAUGCCACAUAUGCACAUGCAUCAACAGUCGCCUAUUCAUUCAGGGCGACCUACGCCCCCGCAUGCGUUUAUGCAGAUGCCUCCUUUACAGCAGGUUCAGGCCCAACCGAUGCACGGACACCCCCAGCCCCAGCUUCAAGGCGUUCAGACACACCACACACAAGGCAGAGUUCCACCACGCCCUGCACCACAGCAUCAACAUCAACAUACAUUCCAGAUUCAACUCCAGCCUCAGCCGACCUAG